AUGAUCUUUGACAGUUCAGAAUGCUUCCUUUCUUGUCAUUUGGCCCAUUAUAUUUUCGAUGCCUCAUUUUUUGGCUAUUAUUUUAUCUUUAACAUUACUACUGUUCUCCCAUUCAGUAGAACUUUUCUUUCCACUCUUCCUCAUCUCUUCCUUAUACAAUGCGUGUUUUAUGAUUUUACCUUUUCUAUCUUCUCGGAUUUUGUUCACCUCUUUCAUUCAUUUAUUUACUUUCUCUUCAUAUGGCUUUCAUUUUCGUAUUUCAUCUCGCUCGAUCCAUUUCCGUCUCUUAAUUCCAAUUUUUCUUUCACUCUCACCAAUUAUCUAUCACUAGCUGAUCUUUCAUUUCCUUCUGUUCAUCUCGCAACUGCUUUUACUUUUCAAUCACUUUCUUCUUAUUAUCCAUUGCCAUUGCUUUUCGUCCUUUUUAGUUUUUCACUUAAACCUUUUUCUGCCCCUUUUCCAUUCUCUCUUUCUGUCCUUUUCAUUUCAUUCUUACAUUAUUACAUUAUUCGCUUUUUCAAUUCAAUUUCCAUCUAUUACUUUCUCGCGUUCCAUCAUUUAGAAAGUGACAAUAUUUUAUAUAUAAUAUGCCAUAAAAUUCGUAUCUAUCUAUCUAUCUAUCUAUCUAUCUAUCUAUCUAUCUAUCUAUCUAUCUAUCUAUCUAUCACUAUAACUAUAUUCACUGUAACAGCUGCUUCUCCGGACUAUCUUUCAAAAAGCAUAAUGCGGAUUACACUUAAUGGCGUUGCUACUGAUGUAUUGACACCGGCAGUUCUUACACCACAUCUACAUUUCCCUUUCUUUCAUUUAGUCUUUGUCCCUCUCCCUUUCUCCCCUCUCUCUAUGUACAUAUAA